AUUUUCCAUUGUUAUUGCAAAAUGUGGAAGUUUUUGAAAGAAAUGCCCAAAGUGGAACUACACGCACACCUGAAUGGUUCACUAAACACCAAUAGCCUGCGGGAUCUGGCCGAGAAGGUUUAUGGCAACACCUCGGAGGAGUUCUCGCAUCUGUGUGCGCGCUUUGUUAAUUUUGAAAAGGAUUCAAAUCUGGACAAAUGCUUCGAAAAGUUUGCCUUUGUGCAUGAGCUGACCUCAACAGCCGCGGGACUGCAGUAUGCUACGGAGCUGGUCAUACGCGACUUUGCCAAUGAUAACAUUCAGUAUCUGGAGCUGCGCACCACGCCUAAGGCCAACAAAAACUACCUGCGUCGCGACUAUCUGCGCAUUGUGCUAGACACGAUCAAAAGGAGCCGCAAAAAAUACCCCAACAUUCUGGUGAAGCUUUUGCCGUCUAUCAAUCGAUCCGAGCCUGUGGCGGUGGCCGAAGAGACUGUGGCGUUGGCUCUGGAGCUUGCAAAAACCGAUCCAGACCUGGUGGUGGGCAUUGAUCUGAGCGGGAUCCCAACCAAAGGGAAAUUCACUGACUUCUGUGGUGUGCUGGACUUGGCACGCAGGGAGGGGUUGAAGCUUGUCAUCCAUUGUGCGGAAAUCGACAAUCCCCCGGAGAUCAAGGAGAUGCUAUCCUUUGGUAUGUCGCGCUGUGGACAUGGGACCUACUUGACCGAAGAAGAUUUUGCCCAAAUGAAGGCGGCAAACAUCCCGAUUGAGUGCUGCCUCACGAGCAAUGUCAAGUCGGGCUCUGUUUCCAGCUUCGAGGAGCAUCAUCUGAAGCGGCUAAUGGAAUCUGAUGCCCCCAGAGUCGUAUGCACAGAUGACAGCGGCGUGUUCGACACGUCGCUGACAAAUGAGUUUUUGCUGGUGGUGGAAACAUUUAAUGUGACGCGGGACCAGUGCAUUGACCUGACCCUGGAGGCAGUGAAGCACUCAUUUGCCAGUGAGCAGGAGCGCCAGCAGAUGGCACUCAAAGUGGAACAUUAUGUAAACAGCUUGCAAACGGACUAACAUUUAAUUUGAAUUCAUUGUUUUCGAUAAUUGGUUGCGCUUAAAUUGUGAUAUACUGUUAUCGAAAAGCUGGGGAAAGUACUAAUUUUGCCAUACUGCGUAGGACCAUGACUGCAAACAAAAUAAAUAAAAUGUAAUUUCAACAAA